AUGUCCCCCUCCAUCCUCGUAGUCCUCACUUCCCACGCCGACCUGGCCGACACAGGCAAAAAAACAGGCUGGUACCUCUCCGAGUUCUCCCACCCCCACCACGUUUUUGCGUCUUCCUCCCCUCCCCCCAAAAUCACUGUCGCCUCCCCCCGCGGCGGCGCCGCUCCCCUGGACCAGUCCUCCAUCGAAGCCGCCAAAGACGACGAGAUCUCUGUUGAGUUCUUGCACAAGCAAUCCGCCCUCUGGGAGGCCACCACUCCCCUUUCCCAGAUCCUUCAACAAGGCAUCGACAGCUACGACGCCCUCUUCUUCCCCGGCGGCCACGGCCCCAUGUUUGAUCUCGCCGGCGAUAAGGAAUCGCAGGAGAUUGUAAAGAGGUUUUGGGAGGCGGGAAAGAUCGUCAGCGCUGUUUGCCAUGGACCUGCCGCGUUGGUGAAUGUCAAGUUGAGCAAUGGGUAUUACCUCCUCAAGGGGAAGAAGGUGACCGCUUUUAGCAAUUCCGAGGAGGACGGCGUUGGACUUUCGGAGAAGAUGCCUUUCAUGCUGGAGACCAGGAUCAAGGAGGUUGGCGCGGAGUACGAAAAGGCUGGCCAGGACUGGGGGGAGAAGCUCGUUGUUGAUGGGAAGCUCAUCACGGGGCAGAACCCUGCAAGUGCAAAGGCAGUUGGAGAGGCUAUUCUGAAGGUUAUUUAGGUAGUUUGGUACCGGGCGAUUUGGUCUUUGAGCUAGCUGCAUAGAAAUGAUGAUAAAGUGCCUACAUAGGCACUGGUUCAGGAUGAUGAAUAUUACCUCCCAUCUAGAAGAGAUAAAUGCGACGUCUCUCCCAGUA